CGAUGGCGUCUGGAGCAGGUGGGAGCGCAAGUGCAGGAACCAGUAGUAGCAGUAGCAGCAGCAGCAGCGGAACCCUAGCAAGGGAUGAUUCCAAAUGGUACUUCACUGCAGAACAGCUGGCCAAUUCACCCAGCCGCAAGUGCGGCAUGGAUGCCGACCAGGAGCUAAUGUACAGACAACGGGCGGCAAACCUGAUCCAGGACAUGGGGCAGCGGCUGCAAGUAUCACAAUUAUGCAUCAACACAGCGAUUGUAUAUAUGCACCGGUUCUACGCAUUUCAUUCCUUCACACAAUUUCACCGAAAUAGCAUUGCUGCUGCUGCACUUUUCCUAGCUGCUAAGGUUGAGGAACAACCACGAAAGCUAGAGCACAUCAUCAAAGUGGUACAUAUAUGUUUGGGUAUGGACGCACCGGAUCCGCUCAAGGAGAGCUACGCCGAACAGGCUCAAGAUCUGGUGUUCAAUGAAAAUGUGCUAUUGCAGACGCUGGGUUUCGAUGUAGCCAUCGAUCAUCCGCAUACGCACGUUGUCAAGACAUGCCACUUGGUCAAAGGUACGAUCACCCAAUCUGUAGGUACCAGUUCGAUUGACUACAUUUUGCGUCCCUUUGCAGCCUCUAAGGAUUUGGCCCAAACUUCCUACUUCAUGGCAUCUAACAGUUUGCACCUGACAACCAUGUGUCUGCAAUAUAAACCGACCGUGGUCGCUUGUUUUUGUAUACACUUAGCGUGUAAAUGGUCGCGUUGGGAGAUUCCACAAUCAAAUGAAGGCCGACAUUGGUUUCAUUAUGUGGAUAAAACCGUCACGCUGGAUCUGCUAAAACAGCUGACAGACGAGUUCCUUCACAUCUUUGACCGGUGUCCUACUCGGUUGAAGAGCAAAAUGAAAUCGAUACGUGCUGAACAACCGCAAACGGAUGAUUCGGGACGGAGAACUACUUCCGCGAUGCCUAGCUCGUCGUCGUCCAUUUCUCGCGGUAUCGACGACGCUGGUUCGUCCUCUAGUCAUCAUCGGUCAUCGUCUCAUUCGCAACAUUCGCACUCUAAGCAGAGCUCUUCUAGUGGUGAUCCAUCGUUAAAAGCAUCACAACCAUCAUCUUCCAAUCACAAGAUUCCUUCGUCAUCGAGUAGUUCUCGUUCCCGCGGCGAUCGUCCACCUUCGUCGUCAUCGCAGGCACUUCAUCAGCAGCAGAUGAUGGCGAGCGGCGGUCAUUACGGAACGAGUGGUUCCAGUAGCAAACCGCAGCCAGUACCCCAUCAUAGCAGUAGUCGUUCUGGUAUGCCUACACAAUCGUCCUCGUCGUCAUCAUCAUCAUCCAGAUAUGGUAACAUGCAUGAAGGCGCAAGAGAUCCAAAGAUUCGCAUGAUGCCAACAGCGGCAGCGAGUAGUUCCUCGUCGUCGAUGCAGCUGCAUCCGUACGGCCAAAGUAAAGCGGAUCGCCACAGUAGUAGCAGCAGUAGCGGUCAGAAAGGACCAUCCAUGUCCCAUAUGGACAGUAAAAAUCCACUUAAAUCGCAAAAUUCCAUGAUGGCACCGCUGUUUGGUAGCAAUCAGGACAUGCCCAGUCGAACAUCGUCGUCUUCGAUGAUGAAACAACCUUCAGCAUCCUACGGGUCACACCCACCUAGCUAUAGCCAAUCGAUGAGUAAUCGGAACAACAAUAUGCCUUCAAAUGAAUCUAUUUCCGUCCCUAAUCAGCAACAGUUCAAGAACCAGAUGCAACAGCAGUUACCAGCCGGUUCUGAAUCCUCUUUUCGCCUUAUUGAUGAUAGUAAUCGUUUGACAGAACCGAUGCAGAUGUGCACACCACCAAAGCAAUCAAAACCAUCGUCGAUUUUCAGCCCAGAUUGGAAGGAUACCCAAGCGGAAAGCAACAAUGCAAGUCUUUCAAACACAUCUACUGGCAGCAGUAGUGGUAAAUCUCGGUCUCAAGGCCAGGCUGCGGGAGUCAGCACCAAUCUUGCGAAGCCAAUCAAGGAAAGCCCCAGUAGCAGGGAGAAGAAACCACUUUUGCCACCCUACUCAGAUCAACAGCAGAAGCAGCGUUCCGACACGCCGAAGAAGGAACGUCGUCCGGAAAUGGGAGCAACAACCGGUGGAAGUCAUCCAUCGAAAUCUAGCGAGAAGAAAUCGUCAUCAUCUUCGAGUCUGAAAAGAUCGCUAGAAUCAUCAUCGAUAGAUACAGCAGAUUUGCUAGGAUUCAAUAAGAUACCUAGUGGCCAGGCGCCGCUGAAGCGUUCACUUCCAAGCAGCGAACAAGUUCGCCAGGAAGAUGGAACCGAUUUUCGGGAAUCGAAAGUACGGAAGGUGGAAAUUUCGUCACCAUCGGAAAGUUUGUUUGCCUCCUCGUUUGAUUUGUCUAGUACAUUCGACAAGCAGGACGAUAGCUUCUCUUUGUUUCCGUUCCAUGAUCCCGGUUCGCUGCUGUCUCAACCUUUGCUAAGUGAUUCAAAACCGGUAACUACUGGCAAAACUAGCUUCACCAAUACAAUCAACGGAAUCGAAACCAAUCCAGCUUUGGUUAGCAGCUUACUCAAAGAAAGCCUUUGCAACAACGAAAGCAAGUUUGGCACACUCAAUAGCAGCGCAACAGCAGGAGGAAAUGUUUCGAAUGUUACGGCAUCCAAUAGUUCGGCAGCAAGCAGUGUAUCAGCAAUGCCCGCGAGUAGCGCUCCUGCGCUAUCGGUUUCAAGCUUGAGCACAUCGUCGGCUGCAAGCAUAGUGUCCAAUGUACCUGAAGCGAUCAAAACAGAGGCUCCAUCACUAGACGUGAAUGCACCAUCUGCAAUUAGUAGUUUGCUUGCACAGUCCGCACCCACAGUUCCGGCAACUGCUGCCCUCACUACUCCAACAACGGGGGCUGCUGCUAAUAUCAGCGCGAUUGCCAGUACCGUUAGUAGUGAAAUUCCAACCCUAACGGGCGAUGUACUCACAAAUCCUGCCAAAGAUGACGACCAUCGUCGUAUCAAGUCGGAAAAGAAGAAAAAGAAAGACAAACACAAGCACAAGGAAAAGGAUAAAUCGAAGGACAAAGACCGCGAAGAGCGCAAGAAACACAAGAAGGACAAAGAACGGCACCGUGAUCGGGAACGUGAAAAAUCUGAUCAAGCCAUCGAUCCGGCACUGAGCGGGAUGCCACCGGGACCGAUUAAAAUCAAACUUCCAAAGGACAAGUUGAAUCUCCAUCCGCUUACUGAAAGCACAACUAGCAGCAAUCCCCCACCUUCCGAUAUGGGAUUGAAAAUCAAAAUUCCAAAAGACCGACUAUCCGGUACCUCGUCUCUCAGUGCUGCUACCUCGAGCACCACGACACACAGCAGCACUGCACCACCUGGGGCAAGUACUUCUUCAAACCAGCCAACACAACCGCCUAACCCGCUCAAACUUAAAAUCUCCAAGGAUAAAAUCGAACACUACAACAUCAGCGCAGGAGGCGAAAGUAGUUUCAAUAAUGGUUCCGGACAUGGACACGGCGGACAUCACGGUCACAGUAGCAAGAAGAAGGAUCGCGACAAGGACCGCGACAAGAGCAAAUCGAACAAAUCUACGUCGUCGUCCACGAUCGAUUACAACAAGCAUAAUGGUAACGGCAACGGUGGCGGCGGUUCCUCCGCCAGUGGACAGGCUGGCAAUUCUUCCAGUAAAUCUUCCUCCAGCAAGAAAAGUAUUCCUACCAUACAACAACAGCAAUAUUCCCUUAAUCAAAUGACAGCGGAACAACUAGCAGCCUCGGCGAUGGUUCCACACCAUCCCGCUAGUUUCGAUUACAUGCAACACGCUCAAGCUCCAACAAUACAACAGCAGCAGUAUUUUAGUCAGUUCGGACCAUUCGCUGCUCCACAGCAGCAGCACACCAACAACAGUGCCACGAAGAUGUCUGGCAACAAUCUUGGCACCAGCCUACCAACUUUGUACUACGGCACUAGUAAUCAGAAUAAUGGUAGUAAUACUGGCAAGAAGUAGUAUCAUCGUACCCUUAAACAUCAUUCAAAGCAUUACGCACGCUUAACAAAAUGUGAUGCACACAAACCAUCAAAUUGUAUUUUUUUCAUUUCUUUAAAUUUAGUUUAUCCUCAUGCUAGUGUUCACAACCCAACAAACAUGUUAGUCUUUUAAAUGCUGCUUUAACCUGUUGUUAGUCUACUACUUUUGACUGUAUAAGCUGUAAUUCAGCUUUCAAUGUUUGUUGGGAAUCCUUAACGUUGAUCAAUAAGAACUUAUUGCUUUCUCGUACCUAAAUGUACAUCAAUUUGAUUUGUAAUGAAAACCGAAAAGCAAUACUUAGUUUUCGUUUUUUUUAAUUUAAAUUAGAAAAAAAUAUGUUACAUUACUAAAUAUAAAACAAAUACAUAUGUAAUUUGUAUAGAGCAUCUGUAUCUGCGGUAAACGAAUAAAGGGUACAUGUAGAAUAAACUCUACAUAUAAUGCCUAACAGUGUAGUGUAGUCUAGUAUAAUGUUAGCCACGAAAAUUCAGUUGAAUGAUGUGGCGAGUUUUUUUUUCUUGCUUCACGCCAACACUAUUCAUAUGGAUUAUGGACAAUGUGCAAAAAGUACACAAUUAAAAUUCAACAAACAAUAACAGAAAACAUUAACAAUUCCUACUAGUAACACGAAAGAUGCAAAACAUCUAGAAAAGAAAUGAAAAGUCUGAACAAGAGAGGCGAAAGCUUCUAGAAAUAUGUAAACAAAAG